CGCCGGUUCUGGAACCACGUCUUGACCUGUGCGUCCGUCAUGCGCAGGGCCUUGGCCAGCGCCGCCCUCUCGGCAGAGGCCAGGUACUUCUGGCGCAGGAAGCGCCGCUCCAGCUCCAGCACCUGCGAGCGUGAGAAGGACGUGCGCGGCUUCUUCCGCUUCGGGGGCGUCCGGUUUUGGUAGGGGUGGCCUAUGCGGCGCGUCCCGGAGAAGGGCGAGAGCGCGGCUACAGAGAGGACGAAGGACCAGGGCAGGGUUUGCGGGGUGGCCAGAGGGGCCACUAAGAGAGCGCAGCAGCUCAGGCCACGGAACUCCCGCGCCGCAUCCUUACCCUGGCCCCAAGCUUGGCCCCGCAUCAGAGAAGGACCCGAGACAAGAAAGGGCCUCAAAAGAACUCCUCCCACCCCUUUGGACGAGGGAGAGACUUCUCCCGUAACUGCUCGCUGCCCUCCCCGUGGUGUGGGUCGUGUGGUUGCAGGGGCUGGGGGGCACGGGCACCGACGGCAACUCCCUCCCCAUUGCCUCGCCGCGGCGGGACCAAGAGAUGCGAGUUGGGGGAGGAACUCUAGAAUGAUCCGGGAGGAGGUAUAAAAGGGGCUCCUUGAGCUGGGGCAGAAGAACCAGAGAUGAGGAAACGAGGUCAACGUGGGGCCUGAGGUUAGAAGGGUCGCACAACCUCACCCGUGAGCCGGUCCUUGGCGAAGCGGCGGCCGCUGUCCAUCCAGGGAAAGGUGCCUCCUCCCCCAGCCCUCACUCUUGGCCGCCCGAUGGGUCCUGCCUACCGACACCCGGUUUCGUUGUGGCCCCUGCCCAAGUGCCCUCGAAGACCAAAUCUCGUUGUGGCUUCCCGGCUGCGAGGGGAGGAAGUUUGGGAAACGAUUCCCGGCGAGCUGGAGGCGCGGGGAAGAUGACAGGUGUGGGAAGGGGGGCGGCGGGGCACGGCCGGUGGGCUACGGCGGGGACAAGCCCUCUGGGCCUGUGAACCGGGGAUACCUCCCGGCCUCUUCCAUAGCCUCCCCUCCACCCCCAACCUGUCCAGGCGCACCAGUGAUCCGUGUUUUUUAGGAUUUCGAUUUUCCGAAAUUGGUGCAAAACGGACCCGUGGCUCAACCCGGACCAGCUCAUGCGGACCCUUCACCACACCCCGAGGAGCCCCAGAAAUUACGCCUGGAGCGUGAUGGAGAAGGGAAGUGCUGGAAUUCUGGGACCGCUCGGUGACCUUGUGACCUCUGGAUGGCCGCGGACCGGGGAGUUGGGAUUGUAUGAUCCCUCAUCCCUCCCCGGGAUGGGACCCCCCGCCGGGCGGGCCCCUGCGCCUUAGGCCCGCCCCCGCCGCCGCCCGGCCCGGUGCAGGCCGCCGUAAUCGGGUUAGCUGGGCCGGAAUUACAUUACCUUCCCCAGCCUGGGGGGGGACCCUGGCGCCUCCGAGCCGGUGAGACUGGGCGCGGGGAGGGGGGCUCUCUUACCAUCCCGCGCAGGGUGGGCACCGACCAGCCGCUCGGUCUGCCUCGGACACGUGGUGGUCAGAAGCCCCUGCCCCACUGGCUCAGCCCUCGCCCCGCGCCCCCAGCCCACUCCAGCGCUCAGCCCCAUGCGCCGGUUUCCCGUGUGAGCCGAAAUGCCAUCCAAUUCUCAUAGAUGGGUGUCCUUAGGAGCACGGAUCUUCCAACUGAUUCUCCAGGGUCCCCUGGGAAAGACUGCCCCUCCUUCCUCUCCAGCAGAUGGACUGGCAGCCUGGCGCCUGAGGCAGGGGCAACUCCCUCCAUUCAGGAGGUCAGAAAAGGGGGGCCAGAUUGCGAUCGCGAUGAGGCUUCGGAACCAGCUCCAGUCAGUGUACAAGAUGGACCCGCUACGGAACGAGGAGGAGGUCCGAGUGAAGAUCAAAGACCUGAAUGAGCACAUCGUCUGCUGCCUGUGCGCCGGAUACUUCGUGGAUGCCACCACGAUCACAGAGUGUCUUCAUACUUUCUGCAAGAGUUGUAUUGUGAAGUACCUCCAAACCAGCAAGUACUGCCCCAUGUGCAACAUCAAGAUCCACGAGACACAGCCACUGCUCAACCUCAAACUGGACCGGGUCAUGCAGGACAUCGUGUACAAGCUAGUGCCUGGCUUGCAAGACAGUGAGGAGAAACGGAUUCGGGAAUUCUACCAGUCCCGAGGCUUGGACCGUGUCACCCAGCCUAGCGGGGAAGAACCAGCCCUGAGCAACCUUGGCCUCCCCUUCAGCAGCUUUGACCACUCUAAGGCCCAUUAUUAUCGCUAUGAUGAACAGCUGAGCUUGUGCCUGGAGCGGCUGAGUUCUGGCAAAGAUAAGAAUAAAAGCGUCUUGCAGAACAAAUACAUCCGAUGUUCCGUUAGAGCUGAAGUUCGCCAUCUCCGGAGGGUCCUGUGUCACCGUUUGAUGCUAAAUCCCCAGCAUGUGCAGCUCCUUUUUGACAAUGAAGUUCUCCCCGACCACAUGACAAUGAAGCAGAUAUGGCUUUCCCGUUGGUUUGGCAAGCCGUCCCCUUUGCUUUUACAAUACAGUGUGAAAGAGAAGAGGAGGUAGGGGCCAAGCCCCUACCCUACACCCCUCCCCUCCCCUCCCCAGAUAUUUAUGUGAAAUUAAUUGUGGCUUUAUUUUUUGAAAUAAAAACUUAAAAUAAAAUUUAAAAAAAA